AUAUAAUGAUAUAGAUCUAGUUUCUAGGUCUAAUUCUAGAUCUAAAAUACACAUAGAAUCUAGAAUGUCUAUUUAGAUAGCCUACAGUAAGAUUCUUUCUCAACUCGAGUUUAGUCUUGGUCUAAAUCUAUCAUAGUCUAAAUCUAGAUCUAGAUCUAUUAGAGAAACUAGGAUAACUAAAAACCUAGUGUUACUAAAUUUAACUUUCCUAAUUUUAUUUCAAAAUGGCUGCCUCAAUAUGUUUACCAAAUAGUAGACGAAAGUGCAAAAGGACUUUGGAUGUAUUAUAUUUCUCACACAUGAUUGUAGGGAUAAUAUUUGUAUCAAUAUUCCUGGAAUUUGUUAAUUCUCAGUCAUCCAGCUGUGUAAAUUGUGAACAAGGUAUUUGUAAUAAGAGUAAAUGCUUUUGUGAUCCAGGAUGGGAUGGAGAGUUGUGUAACAAAUGCAAAGGAAAAGUCAGCUCAAGAGAUGGAAAGUUUAGGCUGCAAGGUGUUCUCUACGAUGGUUCUGGAAACUAUUCUCAAGAGUCAACUUGCAGUUGGCUUCUGAAAGCAGAAAAAGAAAAUUCUAGAGUGCAUUUUAAAUUGAAUGAGUUUAUAACAGAAUGUAUUUGGGAUCACUUGUACAUACAUGAUGGAGAUUCAGCAUUUUCUCCUUUAGUAGCAGCAUACAGUGGUGUGUUAAAGUCAAAUCCUGGAUUAAAGUUUAAAAUGUCAAGCCAGUAUGUGUUUAUUCACUUUUAUAGUGAUGCUGCCUUCACAUUACCUGGAUUUAAUAUAUCAUAUGACAUUGAUGAUUGUGACUUGGAGUGUUCUGAAAAUGGACAGUGUACCAAUGGCUCCUGUAAUUGUGUUGCCGGGUGGACUGGUAUCCACUGUGACAUACCAAUCACUUAUUGUCCAAACAAUUGUUCUGACAAGGGUCAUUGCAUUCAAGACAGCUGUAUCUGUAACCCUGGUUAUACUGGUAAUAGCUGUAACCUUAGUAGUGGUGGUCUCAAUAUUCAAGUGCAGAAGCCUUUUCAGCCUGAGGGACUUACAGGAAGAGCUUCUCUCUCCCUAGUCUUUGACCAAUCAGAUUUAUUGUUUAUAUUGGGUGGUUACAGAAUGAGAGAUUACAAUGAAAGUAACAAUAUGUUUAUAUUUAAUUUAACAAGCAACAAAUGGAUUCAAGGUAAUCAGUCUACACAUGAAUUGUGGCCAAGAUAUGGACACUCAACUGUAUAUUACAAGAAUUCACUUUAUUUAUAUGGUGGCACUUACAAAGGUGACAUAGUCAAUGACUUUUGGACUUACAAUCUGGGAACCCAUAUUUGGACUCCGCUAAUGCCUGGUAUUUGGAAUGUGACAGGUCACACGGCUCACAUUUAUCAGGACACAAUGCUGGUCUUCUUUGGCUACAGCCACACCUAUGGUUACAUCAAUGAAGUUAUGCAGUAUAACUUUACAAGCAGAAAUUGGAGUCAUGUGCCCACAAGAGUCCAAGGUACCUAUGCCCAUACUAGUGUGUAUGAUGAGAAGAGCAACAGGUUCUUUGUGUAUGCUGGCUACCAGACUUCUUCUAGCAACACUGCCAUACUGACAGACAAGCUCUACAGUUAUGAUCCUGAAAACCAUGAAUGGUUUAAAUUGCAGAGUAGUGGCAUGCCUCGUUACUUGCAUUCUGCUGCAAUUCUUAAUGGUUUUAUGUUGACAUUUGGUGGCAGUUUUGGCAGUAACACUGUGAAUAAUACAUUACUGAAAUGUUUUGUGUCUGAUUUUAUGCUGUAUGAUAUAGAGUGUGACCAGUGGCAGAAAGUCAAUACAACUUCUCUCCAUUUGGAAUAUUUGGAUCGCUUUGGUCAUUCCAUGAUUGCAGUCAACAACACUGCCUAUAUAUUUGGUGGCUUCAAUUCGGUGCUGCUAAAAGAUCUAAUUAAAAUUACAUUAGAUUCUUGUGAUAUGUUUCAAAAUGAGACACUGUGUACAUCGAAUGUCAUUAAGUGUAAGUGGUCUAACAAUACCUGCAUCAGGGACACUUCUUGUACUUCUGUCAAAGAUUCCAAUUCAACAUGUACGACUUACACCAGCUGUCAAGCAUGUCACAUUGCCCAGUGUCAUUGGUGUGGUAAUCAAUGCACUUCCACCUCCAAGUGUUCUCAGGGUCCUAGCAACUGUACAGAAAAAGACACAUGUAGCAUUUACUCUUCAUGUAAUAGUUGUGCUAUCAACACUGCUUGUAGCUGGCAAAAUAAUGUUUGUGUUCCAGGAAAUGGCACAACAGGCUGCCCUCAAAAACCUUGUAGUGAACACAGCCAUUGUCAGAACUGUACAAGUAACUCAUGUAUGUGGUGCAGCAACACGGCGAAGUGUGUGGAAACCAAUGCCUAUGUUGUGGCGUUUCAUUAUGCCCAGUGUAUGGACUGGACAACUAAAAAUAUGGAAUGUCAAGCAAUGGUCUGUAGUCAGCAGAAGACAUGCGCAGAGUGCCAGAGCAAGCCACAGUGUGGUUGGUGUAAUGAUGAAACUGAGACUGGCACUGGCAAGUGCAUGGAUGGAGGUGCCACUGGUCCUGUCAUUCCAGCUUCCUGUCCAGCAGCAGAGAGAUGGUCAUUCCUCAAGUGUCCAUUGUGUCAGUGCAAUGGUCACUCCAAGUGUGUUAAUGGUACUAAUAUCUGCAAAGAGUGUCUAGGAAACACUACAGGUGAUGAGUGUGAAGAAUGUAGCAAUGGUUUCUAUGGAGAUGCUAAAAAUGGAGGCCAGUGUUCUGCAUGCUCCUGUAAUGGUCAAGCUGAUACAUGUAACCCAAGUAGUGGAGAAUGUUUCUGUAGGACUCGUGGUGUUACUGGGAAAAAUUGUGAAAAGUGUGAUGACAGCAAUAAGUAUUCUGGCAACCCAAAAGAUGGAGGCACUUGUUAUUAUCCAUUGAAUACAGAUUUUCAGUAUACAUUCAACUUGUCCAAGAGAGAAGACAUCAAUUUCACUCAAAUCAACUUUUUAAAUAUACCUUUGUCUAGUGACAGAGAUGUUGACUUUACUUUAAAUUGUUCAACUGGGGCCUUAAUAAACAUAACAUAUAAAUCUAAAACAUUUCCAGAGGAAAAAGAAUACACUUCUAUGAAACCCUGUGAAUAUUUCCGCACUAAGUUUGAACAUAAGAAUCAUGUGUUUGGAGGCAAGGAGAACACAACUUUCUUGGUCUAUGUCUUCAACUUUAAAACACCUUUUAUGUUGCAGAUAUCUUUUUCACAGUUUCCAAAAAUAGAUCUAGUUCACUUUUUUGUAACAUUUUUUAGCUGCUUUUUAUCUUUGCUCCUGAUUGCAGCUGCAUUAUGGAAAAUAAAACAUAAAUAUGACAGCUAUAGGAGAAGACAGCAAUUGAUAGUGGAAAUGCAACAAAUGGCCAGUCGCCCAUUCUCCACUAUAUCUGUAGAAAUAGAUCACAAGAGUCACAAUCAGCUAAUAUCUGGAGAGAAAAAAGAUCAUCUGGAUUCAGUGCUUCGAAGAAGAAAAAAAAUGAUGAGUAAACCUUCAGCAAUAGCCAUUGAGCCUCUUGCUGACCACAAAGCGGCUAUUCUUACCCUAUUUAUACAACUACCAACUGGUGAUGCUGAGUUUGCUCCUUGUGGACAGUCUGGGCUUGCAGUUGGUAGUGCAUUUGUUGCUAUAGGUUCACAUCGUAAACAGAGUCUUGAACAUGCCAAAGGAGAUAAGCCGAAAAUUAGGAAAAAUCUUAUGUAUAAUCAUCCUGACACAUGUGCAUGAUUGAAAGCUGUUGUUUUUUUUUUCUUUCUGUUGAACUCAAAAGUGAAGGAAAUAAGUGGCUGUGUUUUAUAGGCCAUAGCAUUAGUGCAAUUUGGUUAUAUGUUCAUUGUUAGUCAACCAUUUGGGAGUAAGAGACAGCUUGUUUGUCAAACAUUUGGGAGUAGCAGACAGCUUGUUUGUCAAACAUUUGGGAGUAGCAGACAGCUUGUUUGUCAAACAUUUGGGAGUAGCAGACAGCUUGUUUGUCAAACAUUUGGGAGUAACUGACAGCUUGUUUGUCAAACAUUUGGGAGUAGCAGACAGCUUGUUAGUCAAACAUUUGGGAGUAACAGACAGCUUGUUAGUCAAACAUUUGGGAGUAAGAGACAGCUUGUUUGUCAAGCAUUUGGGAGUAGCAGACAGCUUGUUUGUCAAACAUUUGGGAGUAAGAGACACCUUGUUAGUCAAACAUUUGGGAGUAAGAGACAGCUUGUUUGUCAAACAUUUGGGAGUAAGAGACAGCUUGUUUGUCAAACAUUUGGGAGUAGCAGACAGCUUGUUUGUCAAACAUUUGGGAGUAAGAGACAGCUUGUUUGUCAAACAUUUGGGAGUAAGAGACAGCUUGUUUGUCAAACAUAAUUUGGGAGUAGCAGACAGCUUGUUUGUCAAACAUUUGGGAGUAACAGACAGCUUGUUUGUCAAACAUUUGGGAGUAACAGACAGCUUGUUUGUCAAACAUUUGGGAGUAACAGACAGUUUGUUUGUCAAACAUUUGGAAGUAAAUGACACCUUGUUUGUCAAACAUUUGGAAGUAAAUGACAGCUUGUUUGUCAAACAUUUGGGAGUAAAUGACAGCUUGUUUGUCAAACAUUUGGGAGUAGCAGACAGCUUGUUUGUCAAAAAUUUGGGAGUAACAGACAGCUUAUUUGUUGCAUCUUUGUCUUUCAUAAAGCUAUAAAUAAGUUUGGAUGGAACUGUAGAUCAAGAAAUGUAUUAUUUAUUGUUUUGUAAUAUUCUCAGCCAUGUAUUAGUGUGUAUGUCUAUUGUUUGGUUGAAAUUGAAUUUCCCAAAUUUGUACCUUAUCUAUGACAUACUUAGUGUAAGUUCCUCUCUUUGAUUGAUUGUAAAACUACAAUUACAAUUUUAAAAGUUCAAAUAGAACUAAGUGAUUUAGCUAUUGUUAGUUACCUGUGUUGCGACCAGGUAUCAGUCAAAUAGCUUUCAACCUGACUUUGUGAUUAUCUUGCUGUCAGUCAUUUAACUUUAAAUCACUUUUUUCAUUAGAAAAAAAGUUGAAGCAUUUCUCCUUGUAAUAAAGACUCAUACAUCUGGGUCAAAAUAACAUCCAAUCCAGAACAAAAAAUAAAAAUUUUCAUAAGAUAUUUUAUUGAAAUAGAAACAGGUUUAUACUGGUCACUAGAAACUGGUUGUCGAGGUUGAGACAGACCAAUGAAAUUGAUUUUGUAUGUGUGUGAACGAAAAAAUCUGGUUUGCUAUUUAUAGAUAACAAAACACAAUUUCAGAUGUUAAAUCCCCUAACUUUUGAUGAUACAUUCAGUUUUGUUUUGGGCUUAAUGUGUUUGCUUUUUUUUUUGGUUUGAUGUUUGGUGGUCUAUAUGGCAGAGAACAUAGGGGCUCAACCUCAACUGAAUUGUGUUUGCUGAGUUCCAACAGCAACUUUUAAAACUUGUCCCCUCAUGACCGCAUACAAUGAUUUUAUGUCAGCAGUAUAUUUUGUGUCCUAAAGAAUUUUGUGUUUCAUUCUAAAGUUUUACAUAUUUUAUCGAAUUGAGAAAUGAUGAAAGCUUGAGGAUACAAGCUGUUAUUUGUGUUUCUCUAUUUUUUAAAUCUCAUCAUUUAGUGAAUAAAAAAAACAUUUAGAAUGAAAUCAUCAGACCAGAAAGAAUGUAAUACAUUGUUUAUUUUUUCUGGAGAAAAAAAAAGCAAGCAAAUAACUAAAAGAGCAUAGAAAAACUUAGAAUUUCAUAAACUACUAGAUGAGAUUGAAAAAAAAGGACACUAAUUAAUGCAAUUGCUUUAAGCACCUUCUGCUCCACCAAUUGAAUGUCUUUGCUGAAAAAACAAUCAAUUUCUACAUUCCAGUGUUAACCUGCAAUAUUGAUUUCUUUUGUGUCAGAUAUCAUUCAAUGUCAUUGUUAAAUUUUUUUAUUUGCGUUAGACUAAUAUUAUCAAUAACACUGUUCAAAUCUACUGUGAUGGAUGGAUUCUUACUAUCAUUGAGUGAUAGGCUGCUAAACAAAACAUGUAAGCUGCAGUUAUCAAAUUGUAGCCUACCUGAUUAUUAUUCUUGUACUAAUCUCAGGAAGUACAAAAUGUGUUAGAUAAAAAAAAAACAA